UAAUUAAUUUGGUAUCAGAGCACAUCCAGCACUUGUAAGGAGCAGCAGCAAUUUUUAUAAUAAUCAUCAUGAGGGUUUACAUUUUAGCAUCACUUUUAAGUGUAGCUUCUUGUGCACGCUUAGAUAAUCUAUCCUAUCUUCCUCCUACCCAAGGAUCUCAAUUAUCUAUCAACCAGCGUAACACCGCUGGCUUUGACAGCCAUUCCAGUGGAAGUUUUGCUGCAGGAGGUUUCUCUGGUCAUUCUUCUUCCUUUGGAGCUACUCAAAGUCAAUCUCAUGCAGCAACUUCUAAACAAAUUCCUAUUCUAAAAUUCGCUUCUGAUAAUAAUGGAGAUGGUUCUUAUAAUUUUAACUACGAAACUGAAAAUAGAAUCUCAGCAGAAGAGCAAGGAGAUGCUAGAGGAGAUGGUACUAAGGCUCGUGGUUCUUUUAGUUACUCUGACGCUGACGGUCAACAAGUUUCAAUUUCAUAUACUGCUGAUGAAAACGGUUUUGUACCUCAAGGUGCUCAUAUUCCAACUCCACCAGCAAUUCCUGAAGCUAUUUUAAAAGGUCUUGAAGAAAGUGCUGCUGCAGAAGCAAGAGGGAUAUUCGAUGACGGUUCUUAUCAUGGAGAAGGAUUAGCCGAAUCCCAGUUCCAUGGAGAAGGUCUUAGCGAAGGACAAUAUAGAGGUGAAGGUUUGGAUGCUGCCUCUUACAAAUCUGGAAGUGCUUCUGGUUCCAGCUUCGAUUCCUCUUCUUUUAGUUCAUCUGGAUCCAAUGCAUUUGCUGGUAAAGCUGCUAACAAUGGAGGAUAUCGAUAUUAAAUUUAUGAAGUAUGUUUUGUUAGACACAUAUUUUUGUGAAAAAUAAAAAUUGUACGGCAUAUUGCCAACAAAAGGCCAAAAA